AGAUAUGGAUUUGUGCACAUUGUACAGAGAUCAAUGCGCCAAGCGGUGUCGAUUUCCGCUUUACAUAGGUGUUCUUCCUGGUUUAUGAACACUCCGACAACGCCGCUCAACAAAUCAACUUUUUACGGAAUGAAAUAAUUAAAUGACCUAGCUAGGUACAAAGUUAAUUUCAAGACACUGUGCAAAUAUUGAGCUAAAGAUUCAAUACGGGUGGAUUUCUGAUUAAUUGCACGAUGCACGAUUUAUUCUGAACCAGUGAGUGCAUGGAUCCCAAAAUGCCCAACCGCUGUGCCGCACCAAAUUGUAAUAUUUAUACAGAUAAAUCAGACGUCCCAUUUUUCAGAUUUCCAUUGGACUCGGAGCGAUGUAAACAAUGGUUAAAUAAUUGUCAUCGAUCUGACUUGGAGCCAAAAACCCCUGAGGAGUUGCACAAUUCCUUCAAAAUUUGUGCAAAUCAUUUUGAGCCUUCCUUGAUCUGUCGUGACAGCACUUUAAGAACAUCCUUGAAAGAGGGUGCUAUUCCAACCAUAUUUGAUUUUACAAGCCAUUUGAACAAUCCAUCAGGCCGCAACAGGAAUAAGAGAAUAAGAGAACCUACUGAGGCGGAGCUUGCAUCCUUGAAGAAGGCUAAAGGGGAUUGGUUUGAAGAUGAUGCUCCAUCUGAGGUGAAAGAUAAGCCAGGAGAGAAUAGUACAACAUGUGAUUUACAGCAAGAGGACCAAAGGAGAGAGGAUGUCGCCAACUCCAAAGCAAAGGAAGUCCUUAAAGUCUACUUCAAGGAAACCCUUGCCUUCACUGGAUUCAGCAUAGGGAACGAUGCAAACCCCAACACAGAUGAGCCAAUGGGAGACCACAGAGGACAACAGUCUCUCAACCCCAUCUGUGUUGAAAAAAUCGACCAGAAAGAAGUCCUCCAGUUCAGCGAGGACCUCAUGCGGGAGGAGAUCCGGAACAGUUUGAGGUUGGCACGCUUUUUCUCCAUCCUGCUACAAGAUGUGACAAACAUCGAGGGAAAAGAUCAGAUCCCAGUUUUCAUCAGGUCCGUCACAGUGGCAGGGUUCCCUCAGAAACACCUCAUGGGUUUCCUGCCCUGUUAUGCAGAUGCUGAGGGUCUGUUUUACAUGCUGCUUUCAGAAAUUCGGAAUAAGUGGGGGCUGCGGAUGGAGCAUUGUCGAGGACUUACCUACCUGACCACAGGCAGUCUAUGUCAGAAAAUGAAGGAUCUCACCAGCAGGAUUCUGCAGGAGUUUCCUCAGGUAGUGCUAGCACCUAGUGACCCAUACGCCUUUAACUUGUGGCUUAUCCGCUCCAUGCCCAUACCUUCUAUCCAGAAGGUUGUGAACACCGUGGAGGAGGUCGCCACAAUGCUUAGAGGAUCCCCAGAUCUUUGGGAAAGACUGGAGGUGAAAAUCAAGUCAUCAUACGGCCACCUUAAAGGUGAAGUGGACAGGAUCAUAGAGGCUUCCCAGAACACCUGGGAGUAUGGUGUUGAUGCCUUCCAGACCAUGUUGGACAUUCUUGAGCCAUUCCUCGCCUGCAUCAACGAGGUGUGCUCGACUGCAAACGCAGACACAGCUACGUGUGAGCAGAUGGCCAAGCUCAAGCCGAUCCUGAAGAACUUCAAUUUCAUUAUCACCCUGGUUGUUCUGAAGAAUACCCUCUGUUGCGUGAGCAUCCUCAACCCGAGUCUCAGGGGAGCCAUCAGCAUCAGCAGCACCUUGCAGUACACAAUCUCCAACGCCUUAAAGCUGGUCAACAAACAUCUGCAGGAGAUCGCAAUAUUCCACAGGAAGUGGUUUUCUGAUGCGGUGGGCAGGGCUAAGAAGCUGGGAGUGGAGGUCGCUAGGCCGGAGGAGAGCUCACCUGAGAUGGGCGAGGCAGGUGCAACUGAAACCCCUCUGGAGGAUUUCUACAGAGAGACUCUGAGCAGGCAAAUCUUACAGUACCUUGUUGCGGAGGUAAAGAGGGUGUUCAGCACUGAGAUGGUACGGAUUCUGAGAUGGCUCUCAUUGGUGCCGUCUUACAUGGCUGACCACAAUUUCAGUAUCCGCAGGGAUAAAGUGGCGGACGCAAACUUGAACAACCUUGCCCGGCCUGACACGUUUUAUGAUGAGCUUGGUUGCUGGGAGGUGAAGUGGAGACAUGCUAGCAAGCGGAGGAUCCUGCCCACAACAGUGUUUGCAACAUUGAAAAUCCCAGACAUUGCAUUUUACCCAAAUGUGCAGAGCCUGCUGAGAGUUUUGGGCACCAUCCCUUGUGUGAACGCAGAGGCAGACGUGUAUGGGCAGUACAACAUGGUGCUGGAGCGGUACCAGUCCUACCUGAAAGCCACACCGGAGGAUCAGAGACUGUGCAACAUGGCAUUUGUCUAUGUCAAUCAAGACGUGCACUUCAAUGUGGAAGACAUGGUUGAGUCCUAUGUGGAGAAGCAUCCUGACAUAUUGCAGUUUUUGCAUAUGGAUGAUGAGGUAAUAGAGAUGCAGCCUGAAGCUGAACCAGUCUCUGAGAAUGAUGGGAAUCACACUCUAAAGGAGAAUGUUGAAGAAACACAAGAAGAACCACAGGACAUGGCUUCCGAGCUGGAGACCGAGAGAGUGGGGCAACUGAAACUCCCAGCCACAGAAACUAAUAAGGAGGCACUCAAAUCUGCUCUGCAGGUUGCUGUGACAGCUGCAUAUAACAGCCAGAGCAGACAGCCUGGUGAGGCCUCUGCUGAACAGGAUGGCGAGGUUGAAGACUCAUUGAAAUAUGUGUCGAAGUCUGAGAUGGAAGAAGUUCUCAGAGUAUGUGAGGAUGCAGUCAGGGAGGGAAUUCUUGUGGAGGUGGGCACUUCCUUUUUUUCUCUGUUCAUCGACCGCGUUGUGAAGUUAGGGGAGAAAAAACAUCUUCCCCUCUUCCUCAGGUUUGUGGACAGUUUUGAUGUCAUGCGAUUGGAGCUCAUGGGAUUUCUGGAUGUGGAUCUUGACUGUGAUGCCAUGUCAGAGCGCAUAUUGGAAAUUGUCACCAAAGAGUGGCAUCUAGAUUUGUGUUACUGCAGAGGUCAAGCCUACCUAGGAUCCGGCGAUGUCUCCUACAAGCUGAAAGCCUUUGCCUGCAAAAUCCAGGAAAAGUACCCCCUUGCAAUAUGCACACACUGCUCUUGUUACUCCUUUAACACAUGGUGGUCAAAAUCCACCCCUGUGUCAUCAGUCAAAAGGGCCCUGGAUGUUUUUGAAGAGGUUUUGAUGUUUUUUGGGAGCACGCCUAUGCUUGAGAAACAGCUGGAUCAUGUCAUUGCAUUUGGUCUUAGGGAAAGCUAUGAAAAGGUUCAAGAAUUGCAGGGGAAGUUCUGUACCGUUUGGCAGGAGAAGCAUGAUUCCUAUGAAGUCUUUGUGCAGAUGCUGGAGCCCCUUGUCGAAUGUUUGGAGAAAAUCAAGAGCAACCCACAGAGGUGGAAAUCCUCACUCUCACUAAAAGCUGGAGCACUGCUGCGUUUGAUAAGGGACUUUGAUUUCAUUGUGCCCAUGGUAGCCCUGAAGAACACCUCAUCCUUCACCAGGGAGUUGAGUGCAGGACUCCAGAAGGAUCAUUUCAGCGCAGCGUCCCAGCUCUGCCAGAUCAGUGGUAUAGUGGCUACUCUCAACAGGGUCAAAACAAACAUCAAAGUAUUUCACCAGAAUUGGUUUGACGAAGCUUGUGCCCUUUCCCAGAGUCUAGGUGUGCAGAUAAAAGUGCCUGAUAAUUCAUCUGCAUCCAGGGAUAGCAUGAUGAAACCAGCUCUGUAUUACAAAGAUGCACUGAGUGUGCCCCUAGUGGACAACCUCACCAAUGCUGUGAAGGAUCAUUUCUCUGAGGACCACAAGGAGGCCCUAAACUUCCUCUCCCUGGUUCCCUGCUCUGUGACUGUGAGUUACAUGUUUGAGAUCCUGAGGUCAAAGCCUCCUCUCUACGCCAGUGAUCUACCUGACUCCGACAACUUCUUCACCGAGUUGUGCUGCUGGAGGGUGAAGUGGAAGACCAAAGUUGCGUCAGUGACCAUCCCAGACACCAUCUUUCAGACUCUCCGUCUGCCACUCAUGCAAUACUUUGGGAACAUCAACACACUGCUGAGGAUCAUGUCUGUGUUACCCAGCACAGUACUGGAGAACUGUGGGGAAGUGAUGCGCCACAAGAUGUUCCAGGAAUACCUGAGGAACACCAGCCCCAAGGACAGGUCCCCAUGUCUAGCCAUGCUGCAAGUGGGAACCAACUUCAGCAGAGAUCUGGACCGGAUGGUGUAUAAGUGCUUGAAGGUCACUCCCCAGGCUUUAGAGGGCAUCUGCUUGGAUAAGGAAUCCAAAAGUCUGAUGAAGAACCCUGAAGCCAAAAUUGAAGUGGAUCAUGGCAAAGAUAGAACAGAGGAGCUUGAGAAUCAGUCUUCUGACAAGAAAGAGAACCUGGAAAUGAAAGCGGUGGAUGAGAAUGGGCACACUGGAGAUAAUCGACAGAGUUUGGAAACGGUGUUCAGACUGGCUGCACGUCUAGGGAAAAAGAAGUGGCAGCUCUCCGAACUCUCCAAAGAAGAUCAUGUUCUUCUCAUACAGGAUCUCGGCCUGUGCCACUGGUUUGGAAGAGAUGGCAAGUUCACUCUUAACGUAGGAGAGGAGGAAAUGGUACAGCUUCUCACAAAAUCCAUUAGGGAAGUCGUACUCUUAGAAAUACAGGAGUCCCCCUUCUUUUCUCUUAUCACAGAUAAACUUGUUGUAAUUGCUAAUAAGAGCUAUCUGCCUGUCUUCGUCAGAUAUGUUGGGGAAUGUGCCCCCAAGGUAGAGCUCAUUGGUUUUUUGCGAUUUUUUGAAACCUGUGAUGUUGAUGUUCAAGCCAAAAAUCUUUCAGCAACUAUAACCGAAGACUGGGGAUUGCCAAUGAGUCAGUGUCGUGGACAAGCAUUCAUGCGCAUGGGCUCAAGUUGUCACAGCCUGAAGAAGAUGUCUUUGGAGUUUCUCAAGAGCUAUCCUCUGUCUGUCAUCACACCCAGUGAGUCUUGUGGUCUUGCCUGUUGGCUAGCAGGAAGUGUACACUGCCCACCUGUCACAAAGAUUCUGGGAAUUGUGGAAGACCUUCUACUGUUCUUUGACCAGUCACCUGGACUGGAGGCAGAGCUAGCACAGGCCGUGGAUGGGUUACUGAAUAUACCUCGAGAGGCCUUGGAGGAGAUUCCAGAAACCUGUUGCUCCAGGUGGAAGAAGAGGGAGGACUUUUUUGAUCUCCUAGUCGACACAUUGGAGGGAGUCUUGAGUUGCCUGGAUUCAGUUAGUUCCAGUGCCACGGGCACUAUGUCACUACAUGCACAGGUCCUCGCCACUGCUUUGAGAGAUGUGGAUUUUGUCGUCACACUUGUGAUCCUGAAGAACGCCUGUGCUCCUCUUCGAAACUGCAGCACUGUCUUUCGCUGUGGUAACCCUGCUGACAUCAUCUGUGAGGUGGAGAAGAUCGUACCAAUCAUAGAGACACUGAACAAGAUGCUGGAGAACAUAAGCACUGUACACUCACCUUGGUUUGAAGAGGCAUUCCAACUAGCAUCCAAGGUGGCCACUCAGCAAGUGUGUUUCCCAGAGGAAGCUAAUUCUUACGAGUCUCCAGAGAUGUACUACAGGGACAACUUGAGUGUUCCUCUACUGAGCUGCCUCAUUGAUGAAAUGAAGUACAACUUCUCCGACAGUCAUUUAAAAGCCUUGAAGAUCCUGUCUCUGCUUCCCACCUGCAAUCCACAGCCCAUUUCAGAGCCAAUCCGUGCAGAGUCCACAGACAAGCUAUACAGUCUCUACCUGUCUGACCUCCCUGAUCCUGACACAGUAGAGCAGGAUAUCAGUAACUGGGCCACAGUGUGGAAAGAUAAAUAUCAGGACAUCUCACCACCAGCUUCUAUCUCUGAGAUACUGCUUCACCCAGAGUCUCAAAGCCAUCCCACAGUGACCAUGCUGCUCAGACUGGUGGCUGUUCUACCCAGCGUCAGUAUGGAGUGGGACCUCAUGAAGACCACCCUGAACUCCAUGAGGGCUCUGCUGAAGAACACGGUCUGCAAGGGCAGCAAAACCGACACUGUGAUGCUUCUCAUGCAUUACCCAACUGUUCAAAGACUAAGGGAGGUCAUUGAGAAGUGCAUCGAAGUUGACCCAGAAAGCAGCCCAUGUCUUGAGCAGGUGAAGAAACAAAUUAAACGUCUGAAGCUGGAAAGUGAUUUCAGAGCUUUGGAUGUAAACCCUGAUGAGAGACAUGAGCAGACAGUUGAGGAACACCAAGCUGAUAUGGCAGAGCAACCCCCUGCAGGAGAGCUGAAGGCGGUGGAAGAGGCAGAGGACAGCGUGAAAGAUGCCGUGAUGGAGAUGGACGGUGUGAUAAUGGAGGACGGCGUGAUAGCGGAGGACGGCGUGAUGGCGGAGGACGGCGUGAUGGCGGAGGACGGCGUGAUGGCGGAGGACGGCGUGAUGGCGGAGGACGGCGUGAUGGCGGAGGACGGCGUGAUGGCGGAGGACGGCGUGAUGGCGAAGGACGGCGUGAUGGCGGAGGACGGCGUGAUGGCGGAGGACGGCGUGAUGGCGGAGGACGGCGUGAUGGCGGAGGACGGCGUGAUGGCUGAGGACGGCGUGAUGGCUGAGGACGGCGUGAUGGCUGAGGACGGCGUGAUGGCGGGGGACGGCGUGAUGGCGGAGGACGGCGUUCAAGCGGAGGGCAUCGUGCAAGCGGAGGGCGUCGUGCGAGCGGAGGGCGGCGUGCAAGCAGAGGGUGGGUUGAAAGUAGAAGGCGCCGUGAUAACAGAAGAAGUCAUGUUUGCAGAGGACGGUGUAAAAGCAGAGGACAUUGUGAUAGCCGAGGACAGCAUGAAGGCAGAGGACGGUGUUGUGAUGGUAGAGGAUGGGGUCAUAGGUCAGAGGCAGGCUAUGUCUUUCUAUGACCCACCUGUGCGUGAGGAAAUCCUUAAGGAACUCUGGGACUCACAGUUCUUUACAAUAAUAACGGAACAGGCAGUUGAGAUUGAGGGACAGCUCUACGUCCCCCUGUGCAUCAGGUACUUGGACAAACAGGACACUCAGUGCGAGGAGACUGUAGCUUUCAUCCCGUUUAGCCAGGACACUGCUGUCUUGGCUGAUGCUAUUGAAACAGCCCUAUCAGAGAAAUGGGGGCUCAAUAUGGAGUACUGUAGAGGGCAAGCCUUGCUAAGUUUUGGUGAGGUAGGGUCUCGGAUGAGGGAUGUCUCUGCUGUAAUAUCCCAGAAAUACCCUCUGGCCAUGCGGACGGUCAGCUCUGCUGUGUCUCUGAAUGUGUGGCUAGCCAGGUCAUCUCCUGCAGUGGCGGCAGCAGACUGUGCAGUGUCUGUAGAAAACAUGUUACAGUGGCUCACAGAUGAUGCAGAACGACAGACCAAACUGGAAGAGGUGAUCAUUGCCAUAUUCCAACAUGAUGAGGGGAAGGGUAAUGAGUUUAGGGACAAGCUUAUUAAGAACUGGGAGAAGAGUCAUGAUAUGCAUGAUUUGAUGGUAGCGCUCCUAGAGGUAGUCAUGCUGUGCUUGAACGAGCUGAAAAGCAAAGAGAAUAGCUUAGGGAGUGGCCAAGCACUGCUUUACUUCAAUAAAGUCCGAAGUUUUGAGUUCAUCUUCUCGGCUGUCGUGCUGAAGAAUGUCCUGAGCUCGACCAAAAAUCUGAGCCAAUCUCUUCAAGGCAAACCCCUAGAUGUGUUGCUAGCUAUGAAUAGCUUGCCUGAUCUCCUAACUUCCCUCAAUGAAUUGAAGCGCGAUAUUGACACACAUCACAAGGCCUGGUUCAAGGAAGCUGUUGCUUUAGCUUCCAAGCUGCAGAUAACGCUGUUGCACUCUGCACUGCUAGAACCCCUGAGUCAGUUUUACAAAAUGGCGGUGAGUCAUAAGGUGAUAGAGCACUCCAUUGCUGAGGUCAGUGAGUUCUUCACAGAGAAGGUCCUCAGUACCCUGAGGUGCCUGGAGAUUGUGCCUUACGCCAUGUCGAAGCUAGAAAACUGCAUUGUAAAUGCCCAUGUUUUCCGCAUGUUCAAAGACGACAUGCCUGACCUGGUCUCACUCCCAACAGAGAUUAAGUCUUGGAGAGAGAAGUGGUUGGAUCCCAUGUCCGGGUAUCUUCCAGCCACUGUGCUCGACACCCUGAAGGCAUCAGACAUUAGGAGCUUUAGUAACAUUGAAACCCUCCUAAGGCUCCUGGUCAUCCUACCAUUUUCCAGGAGGGAAAGUACCUUCAGGCAGGGAAAGCGAAGCCUCCAGGGGUUCAUACAGCAGGAGACCAGGUCCCUUUCUGAACUUCAUCCUCUGUAAAUAAGUUGGUGUUCCCUCAAGCUCUCAUUAGCAUAAAGCAGGUUUCUGAGUUGGUGUCCUAUACUGCUGACCCACUGUACCCUUGAGUAAAUAUCCAAUCUAAUGUGGUCCUCUGUAGCUCAAUUGGUAGAGCAUGGCGCUUGUAACGCCAGGGUAGUGGGUUCGAUCCCCGGGA